AUGAAAGAGCGGCAAAGGUUAGCUCAGCUAUUAAGGGUUUGUUCAAAAAACUCAUAUUUAGAGCAAGGCUUGCAGGUUCACGCUGCAACUCUGAAAACGGAUUACGCUUUCGAUACGAUGAUUAAUAAUGAUAUAAUUGAUAUGUAUGUAAAAUGUGGCAUUAUUGAGAAUGCACGUAAGGUGUUUGAUAAAAUGCUUCAAAGAAACGUUGUUUCUUGGACAUCUCUUAUGUGUGGUUAUUUAAAUCUAGGUGAUGCGAAAAGCUCGUUGUUAUUGUUAUACCAAAUGGGUGGGUCGUUGGUUAAGCCGAAUGAGUUUACUUUUUCGACUAGUUUUAAAGCUUGUGGUUUUGUGGGUGUUGCUGAGAAUGGUAUGCAGAUUCAUGGGUGGUGUUGUAAGACGGGUUUUGAAGGGUUUUCGGUGGUUGGGAAUUCUAUGAUUUAUAUGUAUUCGAAAUGUGGAAGAGUUGACGUUGCAGCUCGGGUUUUUGAUGUAAUGCCUGAGAGAAAUUUGAUAACUUGGAAUGCAAUAAUAGCAGGAUAUGCAGUUGGAUGUAACGGUGAUAAGUCGUUGCUCUUGUUUAAGGAAAUGCAGGUAGAGGGAAAACAAGUACCCGAUGAGUUUACUUUUACGAGUACGUUAAAAGCUUGUGCUAGUAUUGGUGAAGUGUCGGCUGGGAGGGAAAUACAUGGUUUUUUGAUUUUAUCUGGGUUUCCAUUGUCACAGGAAACAAUAGUUUCGGGUUCGCUUGUUGAUUUGUAUGCAAAAUGUGGGUAUUUGUGUGAUGCUCAAAAAGUGUUUGAUCAAGUAGAAAGGAAGAGUGUCAUAUCUUGGACUACACUAGUUAUAGGUUAUGCUCAGGAAGGAAAUUUAUCAAAGGCUAUGGAGUCAUAUAGGGAGCUUAGAAAGAGUAACAUUCCAAUUGACGGGUUUGUUUUAUCUAGUGUGAUGGCGGUUUUUGCGGAUUUUGCUCUUGUUGAACAAGGGAAGCAAAUGCAUGCUCACACGAUAAAAGUCCCAUAUGGGCUAGACAUAUCGGUGGCAAAUUCAGUUACGGAUAUGUAUCUCAAGUGUGGUUUAAUAGAGGAAGCAGAUAAGUUGUUUUACAAGAUGCCCAAAAGGAAUGUGAUAUCUUGGACAGUCAUGAUAACCGGUUAUGGAAAACAUGGUCUCGGCAAAGAAGCGAUUAACAUCUUUGAGAAAAUGCAUUUGGACAACAUUGCCCCUGAUGGGGUGACUUACUUAGCUGUGCUCUCGUCUUGUAGCCACUCUGGGCUAGUGGAUGAGAGUAAAAAAUACUUCUCUAGAUUAUGCAAUGACCCCACAAUCAAACCGAAUGUGGAGCAUUAUGCUUGCAUGGUUGAUCUUCUUGGUAGAUCUGGGCGUUUGAAAGAAGCCUGGGAUCUUAUCAUGUGCAUGCCUGUUAAGCCCAAUUCAGGGAUCUGGCAGACUUUGCUUAGUGCUUGCAAAGUACAUGGCGAUUUGGAAAUGGGACGUGAAGUAGGAGAAGUUCUCUUGAAAAUGGAUGGUAUAAGUGCUGUAAACUAUGUGAUGAUGUCAAGCAUUUACGCUGAUGCCGGUUUUUGGAAAGACAGUGAGCGUGUUAGGAAGUCGGUUAAGGCCAUAGGGUUACAGAAAGUAGGUGGUCAAAGUUGGGUAGAGAUUGAUAAGACAAUCCAUUUUUUCUACAAUGGAGAUGAGAGACAUCCAUUGACAUCAAAAAUCCACAAAAAGUUGGAAGAAAUUAAGAAAAGAUUGAAAGAGGAGGUGCAUUAUGCUUCUGAAGUCAGGUUUUCAUUGCAUGAUGUUGAGGAGGAAUCAAAGGAAGAGAGCUUGAGACAUCACAGUGAAAAGUUGGCAAUAGGGCUCGUAUUGGUUCAUGAUGACGGGGUCAAGAAAGAGGAGAAGAGAUGCAUUCGGAUUUUUAAAAACUUGAGAGUUUGUGGGGACUGUCACGAGUUUAUAAAGGGUUUGUCAAAGAUAUCAAAUAAAGUAUUCUUAGUUAGAGAUGCUAAUAGGUUUCACAAGUUUGAAAAUGGCGAGUGUUCGUGUAGAGAUUACUGGUGAUAAGACCUUACAACAUUGUUGGUCAUUCUACUUGGCUGCGAGGACUAAACUUGAACCAGAAACACAGGUCGUGGUCUAUGAAGGUAUGAUCAGGAGAAGCCUGAAAGUGAAGAAGAAGCACACCAAUUUAUUAAAGGGUAUUCUGGCAAGCGUGCUGCAACUGUUAGCUCUGUUUUUAUUACAAACGUCAAGACUGGAUUCUCAAACUGGGACUUUGACAAAGUAGAGCAGAUUCAUUUCCAAGAGAUACUGGACCAUGUUAGUAGUGUUUGUGGGGAUCCAAUAACGUUAAGACCUUUGUUAAUGAUAGCAGAUUCAUUUCCAAGAGAUACCGGACCAUAUUAUUAGUAAGCUGCUUGAAGAGGGGCUCGUGCUCAAGGUUGCUGGAGCAUUGAUAAUUGAACAUCCUUUGAUCAUUCCAUAUCUCAAGGACGUGAUAGGGACAACUGAUAGUGUGAUGGGACUCCCUAAAGUUCUCACCGAGAAAUUACUAAAUGAGGCUAUGAAAGCAUGAGUUUGGAUUCAUGAGGAGCAUCAUCACUAAUAUUUUACAAACUGUUGACAUGAUUGUAUCCAACAUUCCUCCAUUGAUGAUGUUAAUGUUAUCUAAAACCAUGCUGAAAAUCCGAUGGUUAUGUUGUUUCUAAUUUUCUAUAUGCAAUGUCUACAUGGUAUGGAUUAAUU